AGUUGCAAGAAGGACCUGGACAAACCAUGGGACACUUUUUGAAGUAUUAAAGAUCACUUCAAGUCACCUCACGUCCAUUUUCCGUUGCUCACGUCAACUACGAUGUGGAACGCUAGUAGCUAUUUCCAGCCCGCCCUCAAGCCGUCUCGGACAAUUGUCACUUCCUUUACUCCUCAGAAACCGUCGAUCGCCACCAACGAAGGUAUUGGUAGUGAAAAUGAUGCUUAUGAAGAAGGCGACUGGGUUCUCAACUUGUCCCAUGAUGCUGUGUCCAGCACGGUGAGCUGCGCAUUGAGUAAUGGGGAAAUUCAGAUUUACGAUCAGGAGCGCCUCCAUCCUGUAGCGUCUUACUGCAUACCGAGAAUAACGAAUAGCGGCUCAAGCGCUACCGUCUUAGCCAACGAGCUGGCCUACGGAUCUCCCGGCAGUCACUUGCUACUGGCGGCUUGUAGCGAUGGUCGUAUCGUCGUUUGGGACUGGCGUCAGUCACCGAAUUCAGGUUCGCAGUUGCAUUCGUCGAUUCCUGCUGGACAGGCGACUCUAACGCUCUCUAUGGGGUACAGCGGUGCGUUGGUGGCCGUUGGGAGUGACAAAGAACAAGUGCAUUUUUUCGAUCUGCGGUAUGGGGGAAAUCCUGUCGGAUCCUACACUGACGCUCAUACACUUGAGGUGACGCAAGUCCGCUUCGUCGAUCUCUCGUCGUCCACUUUAGUGUCAGCGGGUGAAGACGGCCUGGCAUGUCUGUUCGACACGAGACAAGCGACUGAAGAAACUGCUAUGCAGACUGUUCUUAACGUAAGGGCUCCUGUUCGUCGGAUUGGCUUUUGUGGUAAUAAUCGACAAGAUUUGUAUGUCUUGACGGGAAAUGAAACGGCGAGUAUUUGGGAUUUGAAUACAUCAACUUGUAAACGUGACUUUGGAUAUGCACUGCGGCACGAUUUGGGUCAAGCAAUUCACAGUCAAUCACCUGCUCCUAUGGACUAUCUUGUUGACGCCAAGUGGGAUGGCGGUAGCAAUGAACUACAGCUGGUGGCGGGGACCGCGGAUGGAAAUACUGCUCUGUUUCGGCUCACGGAGGAUUUUCAACGGGCUGCGUGGCAACCGUGUCACGCUCUCGUCCGAGGCCACAGAGGGGUCGUACGUGCGUGGGCACCCUUAUCAUCGUCGAUACUUCUGACCGCUGGCGAAGACGCUCGAUUGUGCGAGUGGAAUCGCAUGGGUCUGCACGCUCACUCAGCCCCUUCGUCUCAGAUGCCGACGGCGACGACGGAUGCUGCUACACAAUUUUCAACCACACCCAGAAACCCAGUCGUAGGUGGUGGUGGUCCAGUACGAAGGGCCAACCAGCGACAGCGGAAUAAGGCAGCCACUGAUCCGUACUAG